AUGGCCACUAAACGAGAAGCAUCUCCGAGUCUUCAAUUGCGAGAUUCUCAGGGAUUUCGUAUGAAGAGACAGGCCUUAGACAAGCAAACACUUACGGCCUAUGAACAACUUGGAGGAGAAGCAGCCGUUGAUAAAUCCAUGCAAGAAGGUAAGACAAUUGAAGAAGAAGAAUCUGAAGGAGCCUCUUAUAUUAUCGAUGGAAGAUUAAGAAGAGUUCAUCCUUAUUAUUUCACAUAUUUAACUUAUUGUAAAAUGAGAUGGAGAGAUCGAAAAUUGAUAGAUAUAUUUAUUGAUGAAUUUCGAGAUCGAGCACCUGAAUAUUAUCGUAAAGCAAUAUCUGAAGGUCUGGUAACAUUAAAUAAGAAACCAGCUAAUUUAGAAUCUAUUGUACGUAAUGGAGAUUUAAUUAGUCAUAGAACUUAUCGUCGUGAACCUCCAGUAAGUUCACGAGAGAUUAAAAUUGUAUUUGAAAAUGAAAAUAUUAUAGCUAUAGAUAAACCUUCAGGAAUCCCAGUUCAUCCAACUGGUAGAUAUAGAUAUAAUACUAUAACCAAAAUAUUUCAACAUGAAUUUGGUAAAAUAGUUCAUCCUUGUAAUAGACUUGAUAGACUUACUAGUGGAUUAAUGUUUCUUGGUAAAACAGCUAAGGGAGCUGAUGAAUUUGUUAAACAAAUUAGAGAAAGAAGUGUUAGAAAGGAAUAUUUAGCCCGAGUCAUUGGAGAAUUCCCAUUAGAAGAAACUGAAGUUGAUCAACCAUUAAGAACUGUAGCUCAUAAACUUGGUUUAAAUAGAGUAGAUAUAAAAGAUGGUAAAGAAGCUAAAACUAUAUUUAGAAGAGUAUCUUAUGAUCCAGAAACAAAUACAUCUAUAGUUAAAUGUCAGCCCCUUACAGGAAGAACCCAUCAGAUUCGAGUUCAUCUUCAAUAUUUAGGACACCCUAUUGCCAAUGAUCCUAUUUAUUCUAAUGAAUUUGUAUGGGGAAAGAAUCUAGGAAAGAAUAAUGAAGGAGAUACAGAAGAAAUUAUCUUAAGGCUUGAUAAAAUAGGGAAGGAAAGAUCUUCAUCAAGUUGGUUUCAUCCUCAAGAAGAUGGUGAAAUAUUAACUGGUAAAAUAUGUGAAGUUAGUGGGAUGCCAAUAUAUUCUGAUCCAGGUCCUAAUGAUCUUGACUUAUGGCUUCAUGCUUAUAAAUAUGAAGCGGCUGAUAAGUCAUGGUCAUAUAGAACUGAAUAUCCCGAAUGGGCACUUUCACCUCAUAGAAAGUUUAUGGAAUUGGCAGUUACAUUAGCAGAUAAAUGUGGAGAAACUCAAACUCAAUUUAAUGUUGGAGCUGUACUUGUAAAUAGAGGAGAAAUUUUAGCUACUGGACAUUCUCGAGAAUUGCCUGGUAAUACUCAUGCUGAACAAUGUGCAUUAGAAAAGUAUUUUGAACAAAUAGGUAAACGUGAAUUACCCUUAGGUACUGAGAUAUAUACUACUAUGGAACCAUGUACACUUCGAUUAAGUGGGAAUAAACCAUGUGCCGAUAGAAUCUUAGAUACCAAUAUAAAGACUUGCUUUGUUGGAGUAGCUGAACCAGAUAUAUUUGUUAAGGAUAAUUCGUGUUAUAAGAAAUUUACUGAUAACAAGAUUGAAUAUAUUCAUAUUCCUGGUUAUGAAGAUGAAUGUUUAAGAAUAGCUAAAAAGGGUCAUGAAAAGAAGGAGGAGGAUAAGGACGAGAGAGAAGUAGUGUAG